AUGGCAUCAACCCUUUAUGCCCAAGCUUGGUCCUUUCCAAAUAAGGCUUUUUAUGGUGAGCGGUUUGGGUACUUUCCAGGCACGUUCAAGCAUUUAGGGGCAUCCUUGGUCCACUUAGGCAGCCCUCAGUACUUGAUAUCCACCAAAAUUCCUGAUCAUUGCCAAGGCACUCUUAUCAGGCCUACCCUCUCUGCUGUCCCAAGUCCUCUGGUCUACUAUGGAGGAAAUGUGACCCUCAAGUGCCAGGGCCAAGUGGGCAGUGACAGAUUCCAACUAUGGAAGGAUGGAGAGCUCAUAGAGGACAGAAAUGUAUCCCACAGUCUGGAAUGGUUCUUGCUCAAGAAUGUGGAUGAAAUGAAUUUUAAGAGAAGCUACAGCUGCCGCUACAGGCUGGGGACCUCGUGGUCUCUGACCUAUUCUUGCAUUCUAGACGUAUUCCCCAAGGCUUCCCUCUCAGUCUGGCCUGGACCAGAGGUGGCCUCAGGAACCAACGUGACCCUCCUGUGUAAGGGGCCCUCUUGGAGUACUAAGUUUCUUCUGCACAAGGAGGGAGAUGAGGAAAUCCUGCACAGCACAGAUAUCAUUCAGGAUGGAGCCCAGUUCUUCUUCCCUCAUGUGACUACCAAGCACUCUGGCAUUUAUACAUGCAGCUACCAGCCCAGCACCAAUGGCAGUCUCUGGACACAGCACAGUGACCCUGUGGAGCUAACUGUGAGAGGGCCCAGAAGCAUCCUCAUGAUCAUGACCCUCAGCUUUGUCUCCAUCUUCCCCCUCUGUAUUGCCCUGUUGGCAUUCCUCUACCGUUCAUCUAUUCCUAUGGGUGCCUCUGCUGCCCUUGUCUUCCCCAGACAGUCUCCCCAUCUCAGCCCUUUGAGGCCCCCAGAGAGGAAACCCCAUAUGCAGAAGUAGACAACAAGAGACCAAGGGAAAGAUUGGUCACCAUGACUAAAGAUGCCCAAGAAGUGACGUAUACUCAGCUGAACAUAAAAACCCUAAAAAAGGAGCAAACAGAUUCCAAGAAGAAACCUAUAGAGUCCAUAGUCUAUGCCACUGUGCCAUUGGAGUGAGGAUUUCACUACCUUUCAUGAAGAAAUUCUCUCCUUUCUUCUUCUCCUCUCCCUCACUCCUAUUAACUUGCAUACCUUCCCACGUUCCCAUCACUGAGAAGCCAUGAGGACUAUUAGGGAUAUUUACUGGGGUUGUGCAAUGUAAAGAUAAUUUUAGUAUUGUGACUUAAAAUCUAAAUUGAAUUGAUCACCAGGGAAAAUCCCAAAUAAUAAAAUACCCAAGUCAGCUGGAAAUUUAUGGUGAUUUAAUUGAUAUAGUGGAAAGAGAUUAA